ACGAGAACUCCAUCUACGUCACCUCGACAAGCAUACGUGGUUAAUCGAAGCACCAAAAGAGAAAUGAGCAGUUCCGAGGAGAUAUCUUAUAUAUCGUGGUUUUGUGCCGUCAAAGGAAAUGAGUUUUUUUGUCGGAUCGACGAAGAUUACAUUAGAGAUAAAUUUAAUUUAACAGGGUUAAGCGAACAAGUGCCAUAUUACCAGCAAGCAUUAGAUUUGAUUCUAAAUAUCGAGCCUUCAUAUUAUGAUAUAGAGGCAAUCAAAUAUGAUUACGUCAUAGAGGCUGCUAAAGUGACCUAUGGUCUAAUUCACGCACGUUACAUUCUUACAAAUCGUGGACUUGCUCAAAUGAUUGAAAAGUAUCAAGCAGGUGAUUUUGGUCAUUGUCCUCGCGUAUAUUGCGAAUCCCAACCAACAUUACCUAUAGGUCUGAACGAUACUCCUGGCAAAGGAUGGGUUAAGAUUUAUUGUCCUAAAUGUAUGGAUAUCUACAAACCUAAAAGUUCUAGACAUCAUUAUAUCGAUGGUGCAUAUUUUGGUACAGGAUUUCCACACAUGCUUCUGAUGGUUCAUCCAGAGUAUCGACCAAAGGGCGCAACAAAUCAUUUUACACCUAGAUUAUACGGUUUUAAAAUUCAUUCACUGGCUUAUCAGAUACAGCAACAGUCGGCAUCGAUCUUUAAAACACCAUUGCGAGCUCUUAAAGAUAAGAACGAGAAAUUUUAAGAGCAGUUUGAUGUACUUUAGAUCAUUUUUUGUUAGAUAUAAGUAAAAUAUUUUUUAUAUCUCUCUUCAUUUGACUGUGUAAAAUGUUGUAAUCCGGGCUAUUUUUUUAUUAUCUUAUAGAAUAGGGAAAUCUCAAGUUCUCCAAGCCUAUUUACAAUAAGCCAAUUUAUAAAAAACUUAGGUUUUAAACGUAAUUUUUGUGGAGAGGGGAAGAGAGAAAGAGAGAGAGAGUGAGAGGGGGGGGGGAGAAAACGAGACGAUAGUGCAAUUUGUUAAUGUAUCUAUCUUCUAAUAUAAUGGGAGGAAUUUUUAUAACAAUUUAAGUGACAAUUUCCAUUUACAUGAAAAUGAUAUUUAUAUGCGAGAAAAAGGAUACAAUAUACUUAGGAUAAUUGCUAGAUUAUAAGAAGGAAGAUAAGAAAUAUGGAUAGGAUGUAAUUGUCCGUACGAGUCCAUUGUAUAAUUAUGACUGCUGCCAAGUAGUUCCUAUGUAUGAUCUUCGUAUGAAGAUUUAUCAUUAGUUAAAAAGUAUUGUCUGUGUUGAUAUCAUAUCAAGUAAAUGCAUCAAAGAAUUAUUUGUUAGAUAUACUUAAAUUUUAUUUUCAAAUAAAUAAAACAAUGAAAUAUAGUGAUCAA